AUGUCGAUACCGGGGUUAGGUCAUGCUGUUCCUGCUGCAGCUGCAGCACCAACAUCUGUUUCGCAGACGAAUAUCCAUGAGCUACAAGCAAACUCAGAAUGGCGGUUCGAGGUCGCGAUAGGAUCCAGUGUUGAGGUUAAGGUUCUCUCAGGCACCGCCGAAAUCUUCGGCACAGAACUCGCUCUUAAUCACACAUAUACAUUCCACGGCAGCAAAUCCUCCAUCUACACCUGGCACGGCUGUCGCCUCGAAGUCAACGGACCAUGCGAGGAAUACACCGCCGAGGAAACGCCCAUGGUAUCCUACGUCAACACGCAUUUCGCGCUCGAGAAUCUGCGGACCGAAGCGCAGAAAGCGGGGAACGAUGGACCGCGCGUGUUGGUUGUUGGGCCCAGUAACGCGGGCAAGACGAGCUUGGUCAAACUCCUCACUGCUUAUGCCAUACGCAUGGGUCGACAGCCGGUGGUGGUGAAUGCGGAUUCGAGAGAGGGUAUGCUGAGCAUACCGGGUAGUAUGACGGCGACGGCUUUUAGGAGUAUUGUGGAUGUGGAGGAGGGGUGGGGGAGUAGUCCGACGAGUGGACCGAGUCCCGUGCCCGUGAAGCUGCCGUUGUGUUAUUAUUAUGGGCUGCCGAGUCCGGAGGAUAAUGCUAAGUUGUAUAAGCCGGUGGUGACGAGGCUGGCGUUGGCGGCGGCGGGUAGAUUGCAGGAUGAUGCGAUGUGUAGGGAGACGGGCAUGAUUAUUGAUACGCCUGGGGUUAUCAGUCAGGGGAAGGGCGGGUAUGAGUUGAUUUCUCAUAUUGUGUCUGAGUUUUCGGUCAAUAUCAUUCUAGUAUUGGGCUCAGAACGUCUACAUAGUGAUAUGAUACGGCGCUUCUCAGCACACAAAACUGAUAGCGGCGAAGUCAUCACCUUGGUCAAAUUAGACAAGUCAGGAGGUUGUGUUGAUAGAGAUGAUAUAUUCAUGCAACAAAUGCGGGACGCAACUAUCAAGGAAUACUUUUUCGGGGAUGCCAAAAGAACCUUGAGUCCACAUACCCAAGUUGUCAACUUUGACGAGCUUUCAAUUUUUAAAGUCAGAGAAGCACACUCAAUGCACAACAUGUUUCUACCCGGUGGAGACGAGGAAGCCGAACCCACACAAUAUGAGAAAGCAGAGCCGAUUCCCAUGAUGUUGCAUUGUAUAUUCGCCGUCAUGCACGCGUCGGUUCGAGAUUCGCAGGAUACUAUAAGAGAUGCUAGUGUCAUGGGUUUCGUAUAUGUGGCAGAGGUGGAUGAGAAGAAGAAGAGGUUGAAGAUUUUGGCACCGCUCAAUACGAGAGUCACGGAUAGACCGUUGAUUUGGGGGAGUUGGCCUGAAGCCCCGGUGAACUUGAUGGGGUAA